UUUCUUGUCAGUUUUUACAAUACCUCCCUCUGUUUGAACGUUUCCCGACAAUUCAUUUCUGCAGUUUUCAGUCGGUUAUAAAUUUGGCUUUCUAUCCGAAUCGGUUUGAUGCCCGCCAAUUUGGUUGGGUGGUUUCCUACAGACGUCCCUUCUAUGAACAUACUUCUCGGAUUCAGUCUUCUUCAAGAAUUUGCUUGGCAAUUUAAUUCAUAUGGGAACAGUUCUUCAAUUCCCAGGUAACAUGAAAGUUUCUGUUCAUCUCAUGUCUGUGGCCCAAUAACUCCACCGGGAAAGAUGAGAUCUUAUGUUGCCGGUUUGAUUCCAAUGAAGUAAAUGUUAACAAUAAGACCUAUUGGAGCAGGCGGUUCUUCUGUUCUAGGUAGCAUCAAAGUUUACAAGGAUUUUGCUAAUGAUUAGCCGUGAAAACCAGCUUGUGGUGAUCAAAGAGCUUGAAAUGACAGUCCUAUCUCAGCAUCCUAUUUUCGGGCUCAAUCCAAACUCGUUCUGGUAAAAGGCUUUUAAUAAUGUCUAAUUAUUUACAGGGAGCUGUACCUAUUUCCAAUGCAAAACCACCAUCCGGGGAGAAAGUAUCUGAUCAGGAUCAGGCAACAAAUAAAGCAGUCCCUCAGACCUCAGUCGUUUUUAUCUAUCAAGCCAAAGUAGCUGGAUUGCGUUGCAAUGUAACAGCGACAUGGUGCAAGAACCUCAGUAACCAUUCCCUUACCAUCAAGGUGGAAAACCCUUGUAUUGAAAAGCAUCUCACUUGCAAGGUAGAUAUACGGACCUGGCAGUUUUGGGGUAGAAAAGGUCUCAAAUCCUUUGAACUCGAAGGAAAACAAGUAGGGAUUUUCUGGGAUUUUAGACAGGCAAAAUUCUCCAGCCCUCCGGAUCCCUGCUCUGAUUAUUAUGUUGCCAUGGUUUGUGAGGAAGAGGUGGUUUUAUUGCUAGGAGACAUGAAGAAAGAUGCAUACAAAAGAACCAGAUCAAGGCCAUCUUUAGAUGAUGCCACCUUGUUGUGCAAGAAAGAGAAUGUGCAUGGAAAAAGAUUGUUUUAUACUAGAGCCAUGUUGGCUGAGGGUGCAAAAGAACAUGACAUUGUCAUUGAGACAUCUCUAUCUGGGCCUGGUGAUCCUGAAAUGUGGAUUAGCAUUGGGAAUGCAAUGGUGAGUCGUGUUACAAACUUGAAUUGGAGAUUCAGGGGGAAUGAGACUGUGAUGGUGAACAAUUUGCCUGUACAAAUUUUAUGGGAUGUGCACGAUUGGUUGCAUAGUAACUCUGGAUCAGGUCCUGGUUUGUUCAUCUUCAAGCCAGGCGCACUGAAAUGUGUAUUAGAUAGUGUUGCUGAUGUUAAAAAUUGCAGCCAUCAAAGGAAUGAGGAUGGUUGCCAAUAUGAGUCCUCCUUUGUUCAAGAAAACCAAUCCACCAAAGAGUUUUGCCAUUUCUUAUAUGCUUGGAGAAGUGAGUAAGAGGGACAGACAAAGACUAGCUGCAUUCCAAUCUUACAUGUUACAUGAUUAAUAUAUCAAUUCAGUGUUCUUUACGUAAAAGCAAAUAAUAUUUGUAUCUUAAUAUCGGUUC